AUGGAUAACCCUCUAGACCAUCUCCUUGCGGCCACGACCAUUCAGACCCUCAGGAGUACUGAGAAGCACACUCUUCUCAACUGUCUCGAGCUCUUGCCCUUCCGGAUUAAGGGGAACGCUGAGCGCUAUGACGCGCUUAAGAUAUUGUUGACUCAGCUCUACCUAGCCAUAAAAACAGGCGACUACAGGUCAGAGGCUCAGUAUUGGACGGAGGAAUUGAAGAGAUGGUCGGAACUGAACGGCGACCUACCUCGCAACGUACGUGCGACUCUGGUGAAGAUAUACUACCAGUUGGCGUUAUCACCCGGCAUGGACCACAUCUCCGUGGGCACCUUCACAAGAAUGGUCCGCAUCCUCGUUCACGGACAAAACGACGACAAACUUUGUCGAAAGGAUUUGACACUAAACUGGCGGCCCAUGUAUGAUCAACUAAAAGCCAUCUAUCUCAAUACGGCAUCUUCUUGCAUCCUGAGUUCCAAUCGGCCUGUAGAAGAUCCAUCUUUCCUUUGCUGGAUUGCACGAGAUUUCUUUGACCCGCAGGACAAUUACACGAUAUUGGAGCAGAUACUACCACAUUUCAAUACGGCGGAUUCAGACGGCUCCGUGGGUGUAGUAUCCAUGAUUUGGUUGAUGGUGCCGACCAGCCCGGCUCCCGAGACAGCACUUUAUAGCCAGCUUUCCGACAUUUUGCCGGUAUAUUUCCAAUUACAUGCUUAUGAAGCGCUAUCGGUUGAGGGGAGCUUUGAACUUGUGGAGGUAUUCUCACGGCUCGCUAGAUCGCAUCUAGAGCACUGGCAUACUUCAUUUGCAGCAUACGGUAUAUUCGACAAGACGCAGUCUAGCGAAAUAUUCACGGCCGUCGGGAAGCUCCUUCUGUCAGACGAAGAUCCCGAGAUACAGUCUAUCAGCAAAAUCAGGCGGUUUGCGCUUACUACCAACACUGCGGUUUGGAUCGUGUAUUCAUUAUCGCCUUUCUGCAAUGGACAGAAUAGCUCUAUACUGUCAGACCUAAGCUGCUUCAUCGCAUCUGUACAGGCUUUCUACAAUCCUGCUGUGGAAGAACCCCCAUGGCUGGGUAUUGUGGCCCUAAUGCUUCAAUGUUUGACGCAGGAAUUCUGUGGCCGUUGGAACAAAGAGAAAGAGGAAGCUCUAAGCCCGCCACCGGAACGGAAGAUCGACGAUGAAUUAAAACGACAAUUUGUCCUUCUACUUCAAGGGCCUGUUCUCUCUGGAUGCUUCUCAACUAACAGGUCAGUGAGCGGCUGUUGCAUUGAAGCUACCAGAAACCUGGCCUAUCUCGAGCCUGACCUAGUACUUCCCGCCGCUUUACACCGAUUUUAUGCUGGUCGAGAUAGCAGCCAAAUUGACGCGUGUUGGCAACUUUCCGCCCUUCGAUUACUGCAUAGGCUUAGCAGCAUCAUUUCGAAGCAAAAAGGGUUCAGAUGCCACGUACCGACGCUGGUCGCAUUUGCAUUAGAAGGCAUUGGUGCGUACGAUCUGAAGUACACCAAUGCUUGCCUGCAGCUCAUUCGCACUAUGCUAUGCAAUCCGUGGACCCAAUUUUCGCAGCUUGGCGGAUCGCAGGACAUGAUUUUAGUCAUGACAGCAGAAGGUCCUGAUAUCGAGAUGGACUAUCAUGCUGGAACUUCCGACGAACAAGAGAUUGAAAUUCUUUGCUCUUCUGCAUCAGGCUUUGCGAACCUGACCUCGGUCUUAUUAGACAAAGUCUUUGACUUCAUGAUGAGCAGCGGUGCCGACCCUCCCACCACUGAGUUUAACCAAAUUUUGAACGGUCUAAUUACUGAAGUUUGUAUGGAGUGGCUCAAAGCGCUGUCUCCCGAACUGCUCGACAGGGCCAUCAAAAAACUUGCGGAGUGCAUCUCUUCCACCGCAAUGCCUUCUGCAGCAACCGCCGCCGGUCUUAUCUGCAGUGCUGCUUGCACAGCGAAUCCUGAAAAGGCCCUCAAAUCAUUUAUACCUAUGCUGAUCAGGCUCAUCCGCCAUGAAAUUGCCGCGGAAGAUAAUACGAUAGCGAGCGUUGAAGGUUUACUCUCUAAGAAAUAUCCAUAUCUUUCUUGGUAUGCCGAAAUCCUGCAGAACUGCCUACGAAAAGGCGGGCAUGGCCUAUUGCAAUACGAGGCGGAUCUUCUGGGCCUUGCUCGGUUCGUGCAAGAAAAGUGUCUUAAGAGGAGGGGUUCCACUUUCGUUGGUCCCUUUAUCUCCAGCCUGCUACAAGGACUGACCGAUAUCUAUGUCGUUGGCAGUUCGUGGGGCUUCCCGGAUAGUCAAAUUACCAAGGAGCAGCUUCUCUCCCAGCACUGGGACAAGAUGGCGGACGAUCUUUCGGCCCGGGAGAUCAGGUGGCACUGUCCAACACCAAUUGAGGUUCGGUCUGCCUAUCGAGUAUUCAUGUCGCAGAUCACGGAUCUCGGGAAACGGCUCCGAAACCUGGUGGAAAAUGAUAAGUUGGCGAGAAAUACGAAUUGGGCUCUUGAUAUUUCGGACGCCCUAUCGCAUGCUCGCGAGCUCUUUUGUGGUGUGGCAACUUUGUUCGACCCUUACCAGACGUUGGCGGCCAAAUACGGCGAUGACGAUGAAAGCGACCGCGUACACGCUCGUGGUCACGGUUUCAAGCCUAUACUUGAGCGUAGUAGCCCGCUAUAUGCAGACAUCCAAAAGCUGAGGCAGGAAACUGGGAGUCUUGUGUCCAGGGUUCAUAAUAUUCUCACAGACCUUGGAGAGGAGAAUAGGUCAUGUUUUCGAAGUCUGUACAGUCUAUACAAAGUACUUGUAGAUUGCGUUGGAUUUUGUAAUUGUCGGAACCUCGUAAAUGAGCACCGAGAGGUGUACCUGAUCUGGGCGAGGGACUUCAAACUCAGUGGACUUCAAAAGGAGUGCUACCCUCGACCUCUGCAUGUUCAACGGGCUUUGGUUUAUUACCAAAUGUGGCAAAAGUUUAGGUCCGGAUGCCGGCAUAUGGACAAUCUGGAGAAGCAGAUACUGCGGGAUCUGGUAGAUGGUUGCACAUCACGAUACGACGAUGUCAGAGGAGCGGCCGUAAAGGUUUUGGUUUGCUCACUGGCAACCUUGACUGGAAGUGCGCUAUUUGUCGUUCCUAUGAUUAUCAAUAAGCUUGAGAGCCUGAUCGAACGCGGAGAUCAAGCACGAGUCAAAAGUGCGUUGAACACCCUGCUAGAGAAAGACGUGUUUCAGGCAUUGCAUCGACAUUGCUGCCUCGAAAUACCCCGCUUCAUACGACUGUGCAUGCGUACGUCCAGUAUCGAUUGGCCUUGGGUUCGUGAAUUGUCAGAAGAAAUCUUUGAUUCGCUGGCAAACUUCAACAGAGCACUUGAGGAACAAGCUUUUGUAGAUGAGAGCAUUGUGGACGUUAUAAGACCAGCCGGCGACUUUUCAGAUAAAAUUCAGGCUAGGUGCAACGCUAUCAUAUCCAUGAGGGCAGAACUCAAGAAGCAAAAGACAAGCCUGGGGAUUGAAUUGCUGAGAUCGGCCGCGGACUCGCAAUUCUACCUGCCGUUGAUCAAAAUUUUUUUUUACGACUUCGAAGGGGAUAUACCGCCGGAAUACAUUCAUUUCCUUGCAGAAGGGGCCAUCGCUCGCGAUAGCAAGCUCCGCUCAGUCUGCGGAGAUGAUAUUUCAGAUGUCAUCGAUCUAUCAAUCGCAAAGUGCACAUUUGCUUAUGAUCUCGAAGCUUAUCUCUGUACGCAGGGAGAAAAUCGUAGCAGUGUGGCCAUGAUCGCCCCUGGCAAGGACACGAGCUGGACAGACAAAUACCUAACACAGUUUAGAGACUUUCACGACAUUAGGGAGGAUGAAACCUUUGUGGAUGAUUCUCGCUAUGGCUCGUUUGUAUGGGGUACAGAACUCGAAACCUCUCUUGUUGACGUGCCAUCGAUUCCAGACAAUUGCGAGUUCGGCAUUAUUGGAAGCUAUCUCACACGGGAAUGGUUCGAAGCCUUUUUUCGACACAUGCAGGAAGAGCCCGAAGACAGCGACGAGAUAGCCAACCCGAGGCUUCGCCCCCAUGACGUAAGGCUACUGGUGCGGGUGUUCAAUCUCAUGGGUGCUGGAAAGGCGGUGGCUCAGCUACAGGAUAUCCGAGAACUAGCCAUGCAAGCUUUUGGUGAUGGUGAGAGUAGCUGGCAGCAUGUGGCGAUGGCAGGUAUCAUGCUGGCUCUAUUCUUGUCGAGCACAACCGGCUCUCGCGCGUUUCAGCGGCAGGUUAUGGACUUUAUCACAACAAUCGGACUUCACAUUUUCAAGAACAAGCUAACAUCGGAGAAUAUUUUCCCGUGGCAAAGACUCUUUUGGGAGCUUGGCAACUUUGAUCCUCGCCGAUAUCCCCAGCUGCUCCAGGACAUUGUUUCCUUCCGCCUCGAUCCAGAGAAAUCUUCCUUUCAAAAUGCACAGCAGCUUCAUGCAAUUAGGUGGUUUGUUGUAGGAUUGGGUUGGCGUUUUCGUCACGAAAGACCCAUUGUAGCCGACCUUCUUGCACACGGCAAUUCGGACCGGGGGGUUUGUUACGCAACUGCCGGCCUUUUGGCAGAAAUCUACAACAGACGACAUCAUGAUUCUUUCUGUGACGUCCGUACACAAAUGGACGAGAAUCGAGCUCAAUCAUCUAUCGGCAUUCGCUCGUAUUCAACCGGUCCACAGAUAGCGAUAGCAGUCUUUAGAAAACUUGAAGAGCUGCGCCGAGAGUGUACCAGUCAGGCGCCCUCGAAGACAUACAUAUAUACUUGUCUUAUGGUGCUGGAGUGGUUAGGCCGGUCCAUCCGUGACCCCCUAUGCGGACAAUUGAUCGAGUUUGUGCCGGUGCCGAUUUUAAACGAACUUUUCCACAUGAUGAGUUUGCAACACUCGGACAUGAAGGAGAUUGCUGGUAUUGCUACAAUCAACUUAUUUCUUCUCGCCAAACUCCCGUUCCAGAAAGAUGAGUGCCAGACAUUUCUUGAAGCACUUAUCAACAAAGCGAAGUCUAGCGAUAGCCUGCGACAGCGAAAAAAAGCUCUGAAGACUAUAAGACUCGUCUAUCUAGAGAGACUGCUCAAGAAUAACCAGCAGGAACAGAUAUUUGUCUUGAAUAGUCUCAGUCGCAUGCUUGAAGAUUCACAAGUCGAGUUUCGAGAACAGGUGUCCUCUGAACUGUCAACACUGAUCUGCCGGACCAGACUUACUGUAGCGGAGCCGAUCAUUAAUGCUUUAUCAGAACGCUACGCAAAGAUACUUGGAAAGUGGAAGCAAGCGGUAGGAACAACCGGCGGUUGCAUCAAGCAGCGCCAUGCCGCUGUUAUGGGGUUAUCGUCUUUAAUUGAGGCAUCCCAUCACAUAACCCUGCCACCGCCUUGGGUGUGCAGGCUUUUGCUCGCUCUUGGCAAUGUAGCCCAUGCUGAUGAUUCCAUGGUGGGUAAGUCGGCCGACGCCGUAAUUGCAAAGUUUCGGGAGGCGAGACGGGCCAACUGGGAUGACGUUUCACGGUGUUUCACGGCAGAGGAGUUAGAGUUGCUACAGAGUUCACGGGGACGGUCAUAUUUCUCAUAG